AUGAAGGUUACUGUCAAAUCGUCCAACGACCAAGCGUUCCAGGUCACCGUUCCGGAUAAUUCCACUGUGGGGGACCUCAAGGUGGCUGCCGUGGUGGCCCUACCUCCAGAUUCUGGGGUUAACAAAUCGAAAGUCAAGGUCUGGUAUUCCGGAAAGAAGAUGGAGCUUUCCAAGUCGUUGGAGUCCUAUGGAAUCACACAGAACUCGAAUUCCACUGUGUAUCUGACUUGCAUCGACGAGUCGUCAUCUGCUCUGUCCGAUGAUGAGUCAACUGUUGUCGAGCAGCCCAAGACCAAGGUGAGAAGAAAGUCCAGCAAGAAGAGCAACAAGUGCAGCUUUGAAUCGUGCAACUCUGCGCCGCUGCGGAUGGUGGGCGACUGCUCUUUUUGCAACGGAAAGUUCUGCUCCAAGCACAGAUUGCUAGAGAGUCACAAGUGCAAAGGUCUCCAAAGCUGCAAGGAGAAGAGCUACGAGAGAAACGCUUUGAAGCUUCAAAGCGAACAGACUGUCGCAUCCAAGGUCUAG